AUGAACGCGACCGACGGGUCGCCGACGACGCCCAAUUGCACAUCGUCCGACGAUGCCGACUUCGGCGGCCACAGCACGAUCGGCGCAUGCGCACCGAGCGUCGUGUUUGGCGACGCAGAACAGAUUGUCGCUAAGGCUUACCUGACGGUCGUGCUUGCAGCGAGCGUGCUCUGUAAUAUCGUCGUCGUCUGGGCGAUCAACACCACGCUCAAGAAAUGCCCCCUCUUCCGUCCGAAUCUCUUCCUCAUCGGACACGUCGCCGUCACUGACCUGGCGACGGCCGUCAUCUGUCUGCCGCUCGUGCAGGCGGCAACGGCCGUCGGUCGCUGGCCGUUCAGUGCGUCGGCGUGUGCAGCGUCGGCAGCGCUCAACACGCUCCUGGUGACGGCAUCCGUGUUAUGCAUCCUCGCUGUCAGCGUUGAUCGCUAUUUCUCGAUCGCGCGUCCGCACCAGUACAAACUGCUCGUGACAAAACGACGUUGCGUCAUCGCCGUCGUCGGUAUGUGGUCGGUGUCGGCGGCGCUCGCGAUCGUGCAGGUCGUAGUGCUCGACAACUGGGCGUUCUAUCCAGGCCGCGCUAUGUGCUUCAUGGACUGGCAGACGCGCGCAGCUCCGAAGCUCGCCUUUAACAUUGCUCAUCUUGUGCUGUGCGUGCUGCUACCGCUCGGGCUGCUGCUCAUAGUGGAUAUUCUCGUCGUGCGGGCCGCUCGUCGCCACCACACGAAACCGCUGCGCUUGACAGCAUCCAAAGGCACCGACGGCCAAGCGGCCGGCAACCGCCGCGUCAUCAGCAACAAUCCUAACGUUCAGAAGAAGGAUUCGCCGACGAUAGUGCAUCGCCGGGGGUUGCGGCUGUCGCUGCCGCUCGCGCGCGAGACGUCCAAUAUUUCGGUGGACAGGUGUAACAUCGUGCCGAUCGACUUCGCCGUAACGGUGUUGAAGAAGGCAAAGCCGAUCUCGCUGCACAAGCUGAAGGCGGCGCGUAUACUGCUCACGGUCGUCACCUGCUUUGUCAUCUGCUACCUGCCGCUGUUCGCGCUCAACGUGGCGACGGCCGUGCUACAGUGGCGCACCCUACCGCCGAGACUCGACCGCGUCGCCUCCAUGCUGCUCUACACGCACAGCUUUCUCAACGCCUGCUUCUACGGUUUUACAAACCGCGACAUCCAGCGCACGAUCGGCGCCGCUGUGUCGCACUGGCGCAGCGGCAACAAGGUCGGUGCCGUCGUUCCGGCGCCGACGCUUCAGGUCACGUGUCCGCCGACUCCCGUCGCCAGCUCCGGCUCGAGCGGAGUGCCGACAAUCCCUCUCAGCGACCUCUUACGGCGGAUACAGAACGCGAAGGGCUGCCACGAGCUGAUGGAGACGACGUCAAUGCAGGGCAGCGGAAGGUGGAGCAUCACGGCCGAGGAGUCAGCGCAUCCGGUCAUCCACGUGAUCACGCCCAUCGCGGGCACCUCCCGCCAGAUGGCGUGUUUGGACAACAACUCGUUUGCCGACAACUCGCUCGCCGACAACUUGUUCGGGUCGGACGACUUGUUCGGGUCGGACGACUUGUUCCGGUCGGACGACUUCAAGAUGACAAGGGCCGACGACGUUAGGCCGGUGACGCAGAGCGACAUGGCCGCGUCGGUUACUCUCAACAUCCCGUCGUGUGACGUCACGAAGUGCGCCGAGGCGGACCUACGUGUCGAGAGCGCCGUGGCGUCGUCAGUGUGUGAGUCAACUUAUUCCACGUGA